AUGGAAGAAGUGGCAAAAGUGGCAAAAAUGGAAGAAGUGGCAAAAGUGGCAAAAAUGGAAGAAGUGACAGAAGUGGCAGAAGUGACAGAAGUGGCAGAAAUGGAAGAAGUGACAGAAGUGGCAGAAAUGGAAGAAGUGACAGAAGUGGAAGGAACGGACAUAGUAAAACAUUGCCUGAAUGAAUUUAAAAUGGAUAUUUCUUUUUUCACAGAAUUGCAUAAACGAAAAAUUGAAGUGUAUAAGCAACGUUGUGAGUAUGUUAAGCUCCUUUCAAAAACACACGUAAAUAAAAUAAAAAUCGGAUCUAAAGUUCGAAUUCAGCAGAAUAAUUUAAAUGUAAUACAUUUUGAGUAUCCUUAUGUCCGUGCGAGCGUAGUGGAAGUUGAUAAGAAAUCUUUUAUGGAACUCGAGGGGAAAGUUAAUGAAACUGCAAUAGAAAGGAAGCAACAUGAAGAUAACAACGAAAUGGACACAAUUACACCACAUAAAGAUAGACAUCAUGUCAUAGAAAAUGAAGAGAAAGGAAAAAAACAUAAUGAAACGAAUGAAAUGAUAACAAAUAGCGAGAAAAAUAUCCAAGUGAAUAAAUUUAAAAAAAUAUAUCAAGGUAUUUUACUAAAUUUCAAUACUCUGGAAGAAUUUUUAACUACACAAAGAGAUACACAUAUUAAUUACACGCUAAAUGAUUUGAAAACUUAUAUGAAAAAGAAUAACAUUAUGGAUAAUCUGGAUAAUGAUGAAUUAAGAAAUGAAAAUAUUUAUGAGGACAGAUUUUGGGAAUAUAAAGAUGAAAAUGAGUUAAAUUAUUUUGAAAAAAUAAACAAAUAUUUAAUAUUGACCUUUUUCGAUCUGAAAAAUUGUUUAUGCUACUACAGCAUAGCAAAUCCUGUCUUAAAACCUCCUAUCAAUUUUAAAUUAAUAGAACCAAGUGAACGAUUAUUUUUUUAUGUAGACUCAGAAAGGGUAUACAUAAAUUCACAGAUGAAUCAAAUUAAUGUCGUAGAUAUGCUUUACUUAUCUCAUAAAAUUGAUAACUUCUUUGAUGGUUACAAAAUGUUCAUUAACUCAGGGAUAUUUCUUUUGUUAAAGUUUGAUAUGAAUACUUUUUCUGAUCAACAACCUUUUAUCGAUGCGGACGGAUAUAAGACAUGUUUGAAGAAUUUGCAUUGCCAUUUUGCAAAAACACAGUUGCAUGGAGAAGACAUAUUUUUAUCCAUGAAUAGCAUCAAAAGUGUGUAUGAAUAUUUGGCUAGCUUCGAAUCGAAGGGUCAUAAAAGAUAUGAAAGCAGACGAAAGGAGCACAGGGAAAAAAGUACUGGAAAUGAACGCAGUUGCACCGCUAAUCCCGAGGAUGAAUGCAAAAAGUGUUGUUCAUGUAGUUAUGACAACUCUGGAAAAACUCCCUAUCCUAGUUAUGAUGAUCCAUGUAUGACAUUACGCAAACAUUGUGGAAUUGUUGCACUACCUAUAAGCUGCUUGAGCGAAUUGAAGGAGGAUUUGAAAAAUCAAAAGGAAAAAAAAUUAAAGGAUAUUAAAAAAAAUAUGUUCCAUUUGUAUAUAUGUUUAAUUGAUCCAAAUUGCACAUUCAAUUCCUUGGGGUGGGAUUUCAGAAAUUUCUUAUAUUGUCUUUCCCUGAAAUAUGCAUUGUAUGAUUUUGAGAUUGAGGUACUUGUCUUCAGGGAUACAUCUCUCUUUUCUGACAAUGUCAUAUGCAAAUUCAACAAGUAUGGAGAAUUGGUUUGGACAUAUCCUUACAUAGGAACUUCCAUGAUGAGCGACGUUCGUGAUAUGAACCAUACUCAUUCUACAUCUAUUUCAAACUGUUCCUUCUCCAAUUUGUCACAAAUCAUCAUCGAAGAUUACGCGCGCAUAUUUCAGAGGAUCGAAAAUGAUAGGACAAGACAAAAUGAAAAUCAUGAAUUGGCAAAUGGACAUAUCGAGGGAAAAAGAAAUGAAGACAACUUGCUUUAUGUUCCAGAAGAGGAAAUUCACAUCUUAGAAAAAGAAUCGACAGAAGGAAUUCCAAACAUAAUGACAGAUGUAGCCCACUCCUGGAACAGAUGCAAACCUCUUGUUAAGUACUUCUUAAAUUCGUCUAUUUUUAAGAUAAAAGUUCCAAAUAAGCAGGGACUGGGGAUUGAUGUGAACAUGGGAGAUUCCAGCGGUUGCACUGACGUGUGGAAGAUGAAAGAAAAUCACAAGAAUGUCAAUCACGAGAAUGUCAAUCACGAGAAUGUUAAUCACGAGAAUGUUAAUUACGAAAAUGUCAAUCAUGAGAAUGUAAAAACCCGUUCGACAGUUUGUAGAUCGAGCGGCAUGCCAAGUGUCUGGAGAAAUGACCACGUGGGAGGUAAGGCCGUGAGGGAUACUACUGAGCAAUUUCCCAGGAGUGAUACAGUGGGUGGAUGGAAAAGACAGAGAGAAUGGCAAAACAAAAGGAAAAGAGAAAGUAGUGUAUACAAAAUAAGUCUGAAGGAGUUUUUAAAUAAAAGCACAAUACAGAGAAUAUCACUCGAACUGAAUAUAAAAUUAAUAAAAUGGAAAAUAUUAAAAGAUUUAAAAUAUGAUAAGAUAAGAACAUUGAAAGUAUUAAUUAUAGGUAUGGGUACAUUAGGAUGUAUGGUAGUAAGAAAUUGUGUAUCGUGGGGAAUACAAAAUUUUACAUUAAUUGAUAACGCACGAGUAUCUUUAUCAAAUGUGAGUAGACAAUAUCUGUACACAAUUUCUGAUGCAGAAUGUUAUGGAAAUAUUGGUGAAUAUAAAUCCAUUGCUGCGAAGAAUAAUUUGUUAAAAAUUUCUCCAGAUUUGAAUAUCAAUGCAAAAGUAAUGGACAUACCUAUGCCUGGUCAUUUGAAUUAUUUAAAAGAUGGAAAUAUAAAAAAAACACAAGAAACUAUGAAAGAAUUAGAUCAAUUAAUAUCAAACCAUGAUGUUGUUUUUUUAUUAACGGAUUCGAAAGAAUCCAGAUAUUUUCCAUGCUUAUUAAUAGCAGAAAAGCAAUAUAACAGUUUAAAGGAAAUACAAAAUAUGAAUCACUGUAAAGACAAAACAGAGAUUUCUCUCUUGGAUAAUAACACAACAUAUUUUGAUACACUCAUGGGUAAUUUUAAUUGUGCAUAUAUGAAGAUAGUACAAAAAGAAAACACAUCAGAAGAAGAAAUAAAUUAUGAUAGACAAACAUUUUACAAUAAUAUAAUUAUGAAUGUAAGCAAAUUGAUCAAAAUGCCUCCCUUAGGUAUCACAAUUGCAGUUGGGUUUGAUUCUUUUCAUAUAUUGAGACAUCCAUAUUUAUAUUUUAAAGGCGCUUGUUACUUUUGCAAUGAUAUGCAUUCACCAUCCGAUUCGAUAUCCUAUCGAUCCAUUGAUGAAAAGUGUACAGUUGUUAGAAGUGGAAUAAGCAGCAUAAGCAGUAGCUUAUCGACAGAAUUAUUAAUGUCAUUAACUCAACACCCACUAUAUUUCUUUGCUCCGCACACAGAGACAGAUCAGUAUAUUUAUAAAAACGACAAUGGGGAUAGUCAUAAUAUGAGAAAAGAAGAAACAAAGAAAAACGAAUUUUCAAAUUCAUUCGUUUCAUGUUUAGGUUCCACACCACAUAUUUUAUCUUUUAACUUGGCAAACUUUUCUCUGAAGAAAUUGUUUAGCAGUGCAUUCGACAAAUGCUUGUGUUGUUCAGAAAAAGUUAUUUUGCAUUAUCAACAGAAUAGGGAAUCUUUCAUCCAGAAUGUCAUCAGGGAUAGCCAAGUUCUCGAAAGAAUUACCAAUAUGCAUCAGUUCACAGCAGAGGAAGGAGACGUAAUAUUGUUGGAUUAG